UUGGCCGGGACGAUGUUUGAACCUGCGUUGAAUACGUCGGACGAUGGACAUCCGGUGCGAAAUCGUUCGAAAGCAACCGAGAGCACUACUGAACGAGACACACGGAGUUGGCUCCACGUGCUUGAGCUGCUAGCACCAACCCCACCAUUCUUCUUCCUUUCUUUCUUUCUCCCUUUCUACUCUCCUCGUUUACUCCUUCUGCCCCCUCGUUCCUCUCUUGCACGCUUCAACGCCGAAACGUUCCGUCUCCGUUCUGUACCGAACUGCAAUCCUUUUCUACCUGUCUGCUCUCCUGAUACUACGACAACCGCUCGGCUAACCACCUACAUAUCCUUGCACGCGUUCGACGAGAAGGUUCACGAUGGAGGGACGCUGCUUGUACGGGAUAGAUGGGACGGACAAACUCCAAGGAAAACUCCGAAGCGAAGUGAAAUUGAAUUCAGGAGUUCAAGGGUGGAUUCUCCAAGGACGAUCAUGAAUCACGCCAGUUUCGGGCAUCCUGUCUCUAAUGUCCCAUUUCAAUUUCGUUGGAAGACAGGCCAGUAUACAAUACCGAAACGACAAUUUGUCAGAGUUUUAAACGACUUCGUGUUAUUUUUACGAGGAACUUUCCAUCGUUUUUACGAUGAUUUCAUGCCUCGUGACUGUUUAUAA